AUGGCAGAUUCCACAUGUCUCCCCAGCCCUACUGACUCAUACUAUGAAGUCUGGAACAAGCUGGAUGCACUCUUUGCUGACUUCUGGCACAAGCUGGAGGGUAGGAUGUGGAUACUUGCCUCACCACAACCAAACAGCCACCUACCCAGGAUGCCACUUCCAAACCGGAGCAGAGCUCAGAGGGCUCUACUUUCUAAACGAGCCUCAUCAAGGUGGAAAACCAAGAGGCGCACACCUCCCCAGAACAGGACGCACAAGCUUCUUGUGAGACUCCACCAGGGACCUCAAACACUAUGGAGAGACCUGACCCGGCAAAUUCACACACCUCAUCUGACAGUUCCCGGGUCCAGAGGACUGAAAAACCUCACCACACUCCAGCUCCUGACUCCACAAGCAGACCAGUUCCAUCUAACAGCUAUCAGAUCUAGAGGCUCGCUAUGCAUCACUAUGCUGCAGGAAUGUAAAGUACCUCUGGCAGGCAUUGGCUGA